AACACUUUUUUCUCUCUCACUUUUCCUUUCUUCUUUACACGCUCUCUCUCUCUCUUUUCGCUCCCUCUUUCUGCGUCUCUCAGUAGCUCUCGCUCUCCGGUGGACGUCACCGGUCCUCGCCGCCUCUGGUGCGGCGCGGCCGGCCCCUCUCUUCCCCCUCUAUUUUCUUCCCUUCCCUACAUCUAAAUCCCCAAAUUAAAAAAAAUCUAAUUCCUAGGGUUUCUACCUCCCUUCUUCCCCUCUGGAAUUCGUUUCUCCGGCGAGGCCUGCCUCCACCGCCGUUGUCUGCGUCGCGCCGCCGCCUCCUCUGACUCAGGAAUCAACGAUUCGGGAUAUCUUUGGGAAUAUUUGGAUUCGUUUUGGGAUGCUUUUAAUGAUGUUUGAGAAGAGUUCAUGAAUAUACAAGUCCGUGGGCGCAAACGGAGCUCAAAUCGAAUGUCGGACGAAAGAGAACGGAUGUCAAGAAGUCCGCGUGUCGCAAAGACUACUCAUCAUGCAAGAUCGCUCUCACUCUCUCUCUGUCGUCCUCACCGCCCCGCCGCCGCCUUCAUCGUCCGCAAUAGAGUUUGGUCUUUCGUCGCCCACCACCACCCCCAUAUCGACGUAUCAGGAGUGAAAUGGAUCAUCAGGGCUCACAAAGAUAAGAAAAUAAGAUUAUGUUGUGUGCAAUCAAAAGCAGCUGAGCCUUACAUGAAAGUUUGUGGUGUGGACAGAGAAGAUGUUCUUCGUCACUUCCUGUUCGUGGAGGCUCCCGAUUCAUACCACCAAGGCUUUGCUGCUGCUUUGAGAGUUUGUUCAUACUUUCCCAAGCCUUUUUUUGUCUUGAGUGCUCUCAUGGUUGUUCCCGCCCCCUUGAGGGACGCCGUCUAUGACUAUGUGGCAAAGCGACGCUAUGACUAGUUUGGGAAAGAAGACGACUGCUUGGUCCUCAAGGAAGUGGAGUUGCUCGAACGCUUUGUUGAUUGGGAAAAGUUGCUGCUGAGAUGAAGACAACAACUUAACUCCCAUGGUAAUACAAGCUUUUCAUCCUGUUUGGUGAAAAAGGCUGCUAGACAUGUUGAAAGCUAAAAACAAGUUUUUGUGUUUUGAUUGCUUAGAUGUAAUAUGUUGUCACUGACAACAACACUGAAUUGAGUUGUGCUUAAUAGGGUGUUAUUAAUAUUGUAUCAGUUGAAAUAAUACAUUGCAAUAGUGAGUGGUGUGAAUUCCAUGAUAUUAUUGUAUUUAA